AGUAGGUCGCGAAGAAUAUAUUUUCCUUUCAUUUUCUGGAACAACCAGUUGCGCUUGCGACUCCGCGACGUCGUCGUCGAAGUACUGAAGUUACUACGUUACAUUUGAACUUUUCUCGGGUCUCCCUACCACAAAUGCUACUGGCGAAGCGCGACGGUGCGUAGUCCAAGGAAUCGUCAACAACAUUCCUACACGCUUCCGAAAGAAGAUUGUGUUUACACAAGACUUAAUUGAGUGAAAGCCUGUUUACACAUAAACUUUACAUAAUGGGGCCUUUAACGACAAGUGUCAGACACACUUUCCAUUCUCUUUGUACAACUGCUGCAAAGGCAAUGUCCACCAAUGCAAUGUUAAAUCCAAAAGAUGAUGUGAAAGAAGUAGUACUUAAGCAUUUGGAUGGAAAAGACAAUGGCAUUGUAGUAUUAGGAUUAAAUCGACCCACAGUUUGCAAUGCUCUUGGCAAAAAUUUAACUAGUCAGUUACAUGAUACCAUUUCUUCCAUCAGAGAAGAUUCAAAGUUGAGAGUAUUAAUCAUUCGUAGUUUAGUCCCAAAAAUUUUUUGUGCUGGUGCAGACUUGAGAGAAAGAGCAAGAAUGGACGCAGCAGAAAUUCCAGAAUUUGUUUCAUUCUUGAGAAAUAUGACAUAUAAUAUAGAAACUUUACCAAUCCCAGUGAUAUCUGCUAUUGAUGGUGCUGCAUUAGGUGGUGGAUUAGAAAUUGCUCUAGCUACAGAUAUCAGAGUUGCAGCAUCAGAAGCUAAAAUGGGCCUUGUAGAAACAAAAUGGGCUAUUAUUCCUGGAGCAGGAGGCACUCAAAGACUUCCAAGAAUAAUUGGAAGUGCUAAAGCAAAAGAACUUAUUUACACUGCACGCAUUAUUGACGGUGAACAGGCUAUGAAGAUUGGUUUAGUAAAUGAAGUAGUUCCACAAAAUAAAAGUGGUGAUGCGGCUUAUCAAGCUGCUUUAACAAUUGCCAGAGAAAUUUUACCUAAUGGACCAAUUGGAGUUAAAAUGGCAAAAGCAGCGAUAUCAAAAGGUCUACAAGUGCCUAUUACAGAUGGAUUUGAAAUUGAAAAACAAUGUUGCAACACAGUUAUAGAUUCAAAAGAUAGAAUCGAAGGACUUGCAGCAUUUGGGAUGAAACGUAUGCCCAUUUAUCAGGGAGUUUAAACAUAUAAAUAUGAAAUGCAACGUAUUUUAUAAGUUCGUUACGCUUAAUUAUCUACAUAUCAAUAAAGUGCAUUUUAAUAGAGAUUAAAUGCAGAAACAUGCCAUUCUUGUACUACAUCAUUGUAAUGUGAUUAAUUUCGAUCAUCGACACAUCAUUAUGAAAAUUCAAGCACACUUGUAUUUAAAUAGAAACAUAUGAAAUUAGUAAACUAAUAUUUAAUACAGUACAGAAAUAAUAUUGUUAGGUUCAUAGUUUUAAGUAUUUUUAUACGUGAUUUAAACAAUUUCAGAGUUUUAUAUAGUUUAUAUCAAUGUUGUUGUUGUUGUUAAUACACAAUAUGUAUAUAUUUAUGUAAACAAGAGUUUAUUUAAAAAAAAUAAAAUUAUUAUGUUUAUAUAA